GGCUCUGUUCAGGUUCAUCUCGGUGGAUGUCUGAUAACGGGAUUUCCCCUGACCAUAAAAAUCCAUAAAGCAUAAAAUAGUUUUUCCAACCCUCUUCCGAAAGGAUUCUCAAGGGGAAAAUCGCCUUUUUUUAUCGUGCACAAGAAACCCCUUACGCUAUCCUCUGACUCCGCUCAAUUUCAAAAACACCAUUAUGUCCUGGAUUAGAGAUAGUUCACUUUCAUGGCCAAGCCUUUUACUUCUGCGUAUCCUAAAAUGUGGCAGGAUACCACAGCACAUCGCCUUCAUAAUGGACGGAAACAGGCGGUUCGCAAAGAAAGUCAAUAUUCAGAAAGUCAAGGGCCACUCGAAGGGGUUUGACAAAUUGUCAGAGACGCUUCAGUGGUGUCUCGAUAUCGGUGUGAAAGAGGUUACUGUUUAUGCAUUCAGCAUAGAGAACUACAAGAGGACCAAAGAAGAAGUUGAUGACCUUAUGAAUCUAUCAAGAGAGAAGUUGAAACGACUGUUGGAAGAAAAGGAAGUCAUAAACGAAUACGGCAUGAAAAUACGGAUCAUAGGCAAUAGAAGUCUACUUCCACAAGACAUAACUGAACUGAUGACAGAGGCUGAAGAUAUGUUUAAAAACAAUAAUAAAACAAUUCUAAACAUUGCAUUUUCCUACUCAGCUCAAGAUGAAAUAACGAAUGCAGUUAAUCUUUCCCUAAGAGGUUUGCAUGAAGGUAGUUUAAAUGAAGAAGACCUGAAUGUUAGUUUGCUUUCUCGAUGUCUCUACACCGCUGAUUCACCACAUCCUGAAUUAGUGAUUAGAACAUCAGGGGAAACACGGCUAAGUGACUUUCUUCUUUGGCAGAGCUCAUGCAGUUAUCUUCAUUUCACUGGAGUUCUUUGGCCUGAAUUCUCGGUAUGGGAUUUUCUCUGGGCGAUAUUCAAGUACCAGAGUGUCGCUGAGAAAUUAGAUGAGCUAAGGAAUAAUUUACAUCCGACUGGAAACUUCUCACCAAAAGCAGCUCAGUUCCUAAAUAAGAUCCAGUUGGGUCAGUUAAAAAACAGCAUUGUUCCAAUUUAGCAAUCUUUAACCACUGUAAAUUUAAGACCAAAAUAUAUUUUAUCUACUGUAACAGCUCUCA